CGGGGGCGUGUCGCUAGGCGACGGGUCAGGAGAGAGGCCGCGUCGCGGGCCGGUCGCGGCCCUGUCGCCGGGUCGCGAUGCCCGAGGGCCCGGAGCUGGCCCUGGCCGGGCGCUACAUCAACGAGGCGUGCGGCGGGCUGGUGUUCUGCGGCGGGGCCGAGCGCUCGGCCGUGGGCCGCGGCCCGGAGGUGCCGUUCCGCAGCGAGGCGUACCGCCUGGGCGCCGCCGCCCGCGGCAAGGAGCUGCGGCUGCGCCUGGAGCCGCUGGGCCCCGGCCGCCCGCAGGCCCUCGUCUUCCGCUUCGGCAUGUCCGGGGGCUUCGGCCUGCGCCCCGCCGCCGCGCCGCCCCGCCACGCGCACCUGCGCUUCCUCACCCGCGAGAGCCCCCCGCGCGCCCUCUGCUUCGUCGACGCCCGCCGCUUCGGCUCGUGGCGCCUGGGCGACGCCUGGCAGCCCGGCCGCGGGCCCUGCGUGCUCUCCGAUUACCGGGCCUUCAGGGAGAACGUGCUGAAGAACCUGGACGAUAAGGCUUUUGACAAGCCCAUCUGUGAGGCCCUCUUGAACCAGAAGUACUUCAAUGGGAUCGGCAACUACCUCCGUGCUGAGAUCCUGUACAGGUGAGGUGCAUUUCAUCCUCCCUUUGAAAAGGCUCGGACGGUGCUGGAAGCCCUGAAGCAUCAGGAGCAGAAUUCUUCCCUGACGCUGAGUAAGAAGCUGAAGCUGAAGCGGGAUAACCCGGACCUCCUGGAGCUGUGCCACACGGUGCCCAUGGAGGUCGUGGCGGCGGAGAAAAACCUCCUUGACCCAGACCACGCGGACAACCACACCGCCUUCAAGAACUGGCUGCAGUGCUACGGGGUGCCUGGCAUGAGCUCCCUGCGCGACCACAACGGCAGGACCAUAUGGUUCCAGGGCGAGCCCGGCCCCAUGGCUCCCAGAGGUCAGACGUCCCGCAAGAAGCGCGCUGGCCCAAAGGCAGACCCUGACGCGCCGACUGCUGAGGUCACCACACGCGCCUCCAAACGGCGCUCCAGGCGUGCGGAGAACCCCGCAACGUUGGCCGUGAAGAAGGAGGAAGAGGAGGAGGACGAAGCAGUGCCUGAGCGGCCAAGGAAGGGCCGUGCCCGUGCGAGGAGGGCAGCAGCUGCCGCUCCGGCCUCCUCUGAGCCCGAGGCUCCCGUCAAAGUGACAAGACGCCGGGCGUCUGCACGCAAGGGCGCAGGCGCAGCCCCCGCAGUGUGAGCGCCGCAAGCUGCCUUCCUCCCACCUCCUCCUCCUCCGGCGUGGCGCUGGCUGGGCCCCGGGGCCGCCUUCAGGCACGGCCCUCCCGUGCUGGGGGCAGGCUGCGUGCCUCCCCUUACGGUUUUUAAUCGUGUUCUCCAAAACCUCACUGGUCCGGCUUGGGUGGCGGGAGCAGUUCUUCAGGACCACAGACUGAGGUCUUCGGGUGCCGUGUCGCUCUGACUCUUCCCUCUGCCUAACAGUGCAUUUCCUCAGCCUUUUCUGACUGCUCCCUGGGUCCCCGAGACAGCCGUUUUUAGCUGCUUAAUAAAAGUAUUUUGUGUACAAGUCA